UUUUUAGAACUUAGAACAGACUCGAAAGCGUAUUUGAGAAGCUUUUGUAAUUAAAAGCUCUAACUACCUAGCGCCAAAACUUCCACCAUUUUCAAUUCCAUCACCGCCUUCACCGUGAUUCGUACCGGAGCAAAAUAUGUCAGAUUCACAGUCCAAUUCAGAGGUUUUCACCGUCCGGAUCGUCUCCAUAGACCAUUACAUGGCACCGCCAAUCUCCGCCAUUGAUAUCUCUUACAGCACCUUCCAAGGUGGAAAAGUGAACGAAGUUCCUGUGAUAAGAGUGUAUGGUUCUACUCCUGCUGGCCAGAAAACUUGCUUGCACAUACAUGGAGCUUUACCUUAUUUAUAUGUGCCGUGUUCAGAUAUACCGCUUCAACUAGAUCGAGAAGGUGAUGCAUACACCUAUAUUGUAGCUGAUUCUCUCGAGAAAGCUUUGAAGCUUAAAGGCAGUGCUGGUUCAUCGAGACAACAUGUACAUGGAUGCAGCCUUGUACGAGCAAGGAAAUUUUAUGGAUAUUGCUCAUUUGAAGAGUUUUUUGUAAAGAUUUACCUAUAUUAUCCUCAAGAUAUCUCUCGUGCAGCAAAUCUUCUCUUGGCUGGUGCUGUUCUUGAUAAAAGUUUACAGCCUCACGAAUCACAUAUUCCCUUUAUUCUUCAGUUUCUGGUCGAUUACAACUUGUAUGGCAUGGGUCAUUUACACUUGUCAAAGAUGAGGUUCCGCCAUCCCAUGCCGGAUUCUAUUCACAAGAAAUUAGACUUCAAUAGCCAGCACAAAAUGGCAGAUCUAGGUGCCGAAGCAUGUUUAGAGUCAAAGCUGUGGAUGUCUUCUAUGAUCUCAUUCGACUGGAUGUGGCCACUCCCUAAUGAAUUUGGUACUUCGUCAAGUGAUAAGGCUCACUGUCCUAAGCGUCAAAGCAUCUGCGAGCUUGAAGGAGAUGCUUCUGUAGAUGAUAUUCUUAAUCAGCAGUUUAAAAUGUUUUCAUCUCUCUCACAAACAAGAUCAAAUGUAAACAUGGUUCAGUCACUUGUACCAAUAUGGGAGGAACAGCGGAAACGGUCGGGGGUUCACGAGGCUACUAAUACUAUGCCUUCUGAUCCUGGUAAACCACUUCCAGAAGAUGUCAUGAAACUUCUCUCGUCUGGUCUUGAUUCUGAGAAAAAACUUAUUCAAUUGUGCAGUGAAGCUGAAACCACUUUAUUUUGCACUCCUUUAGAGAAGGAACUCAGAGAAACAGACAUAAUAGGCUCAGCAUCGCCACCAGCAUCACUGUGUAAAAAUGCCAAACUUCUUAAGGAAGGGACUGACACAAGUCCAAAGUUGUUGAAAAUUGGUGAAAUGCAAUCAGCUGGAAAUAUCGGAAUGUUGGACAUUAAGGAUGCUGAUAUGGAAGCACAAAAUCUUCUUAAGUGGCUUGCGACUUCUCAAGCGGCAGAGGAUAUAAACUCUGAUGACGAACUUGCUUGUGAAACAGCCUUGAGUCCCUUGCUUCCUGCUGCAACAGUUGAUAAGAUGCUGGAGAAAGCAAAUAUAGCUUUUGAGAAUGAGUCCCAGCAGGAGUGUCAGGAUAUUCUAGAUUCAAUUGAUGAUAUGUUUGAGUUAGAGCAACCAAAGAAAAAGCCUUCUCGUUCCAUUGAUCACAUUGGUCCUGUUGAAGCUUCACCAGACAUCAUUAUACCCCAAGUUGAUGGUUCUAAUGAUGAUGAAUUCCCAAGUCCACGUGCUAGUUUGGCUGGAAUCUCUAAUGCAGUUGAGGUAAACAGUGAAUACAAAAGAGUUUCUGAGCACAAUUUACUGCAGAAUGCCGACACAAGUACAGUUACUGCAGACAAAAGGAAUAGAAAAUGGGGAUCUUUGCCUUUUUCCAUGACCGGGAAGGUUAAUAAUGAUAGCAAAGAUUUUGCUCUCUCUGAUCACUUAAUCAGAAAUGAGGUUAAAAGUAGUACUUGUAUUAAAAGAAAUGUCGACGAAGGCACUUCAGAUUCAAAAGAAGUUCAUAGUUUGGUUAACUGUUCGUUACGGGACUUGAUGAGACGAAAGCGAUCCUAUCGAGUUGAACAUGAUGACCAGGAACCUGGAAAUGCAAAGAAGCUUAUUUUGGACAGGCAUGGGGGACCAAAAACAUGCCUUUGGCCAAAACAAAUUGAAUUGGAAGCAAUGCAAACUGAUGAAGUAGAAACAGAACUCCAGAAAAAUUCUGAUCAUGAAGCGAGAGGUCCUGAUUAUUUAGUGUGUGGGAAACAAUCGCUUCCAUCUGGUAGUGAUGGUUUUUUGAAUAUGUCAAAAGAUGAAUGUUUUGGUCAACAUGAAAGGGAGUGUCUAGACGCAAGUAUAGUGUUGUUGAACUCCACAAAUCAAAGUUCUUCUCCAAUGCAUGAAGGGCAAGGCCUGCUUGAAACUUCACAUUUUAUUUAUUCCACGGACAAAUCUGUGGCUUGGAGGGAGAAAAACCCUAAGGAUGAAACAAUUUAUGCAAACCACGUAGCUUCUGAUGCUUAUACCCCUAAUUCCUCUCUAGGCACUCAGUUGAGAACUGAUGUUGAUCACAAAGUCAGAGCUCCUGAGAGGUGUCAGCAAACUGAUUAUACUGCUUUAGGUAGUAGACAGAACGCAUUAGUUGAUGAUGAAGUUCCGCGAAAAAGUAACUGCAUGGAUAAAAUUUCUCGUGGUAGCAUAUGUUUUGUGCCGCAUGAUCAGAUGAAGUCUUAUGAGCAUGCCGUGGGAAAAAGUGCUGUGAGUGACACAAGAGUAUUGCUAAGUGAAAAGGCUGAUGAUCAAAAGCUGGAUAAAAAUUUGCUGUGGGAGACUGUUGGCUCAGAACCCAUUGUUGAUGACCUGAAAAGUAAUCACAUGAAAUUAACUGAAAUAACCGUAGGCAAUAGCUCUUCGAUUGACAAGAAUCUUGAAAGUAAUUUGUCCUUGCCAACCUUCUUUGAUACCAGUUUACAUUUGGAUGAGGAUGAUGAAAUGCCAGGGAAUGCUGUGGAUGUUUUUCUUCCUAUUUCUGCAAGGAAUUCCCAGAAACAGAUGGAACCUAGGAACAACUGUGUUACUAUUAAAACUCCCAGAUCCUCUGGGACAAAGAGCAUUUCUACUUACUAUCAAAAUGAUGGCUCUCACCUAUACCUAUUAACGCCUAAUAUUUUGCCUCCUUCUGCCGGUUCUGUGCAGAGAUGGCUAUUUUGUGAUGAGAGAGAGGAUCAGGAUGUACCUAAAUGCACUUCUGGACCUCUUCUCAUGCAUACUCCUGAUCAAAUGUGCCAAGAACCUGGCGGAGAGGAUAAGGACAUGUCUAUAUGCACUUCUGGAUCUCCUCUUAGGCAUGAGCUGUAUCAAGAUGCUGACACGGAAAAGAAGCUUCCAUGCAUUAGUGAAGGACAAACAGAAAGAAUAAAAGCAUGCCUGGAUGGCUCGCAAGAUAUUUCUCAGAUAUCAGGCCGGGAGGAGAAAUCAAGUUUUACCCCUCUUAGCCAAAUUGGAUUUCAAGACCCUGCAAGUGUUGGCCGUGGACAGCAAUUGGCAUUAGUCAGUAUAGAGAUUCUCGCAGAAUCUAGAGGAGACCUUUUACCUGAUCCUCAAUUUGAUGGGGUAAAUAUUGUAGCUCUUGGUUUUCAAAACGAUUGUGAUGCUGCUAUUGAAGUUGUAGUUCUUUUGCAUAGUAAAUAUGUACCUUGUCAGAGAAGUCUUGAUGGUCUAUCAGACUGCAAAGUACUGAACUUCACUGAUGAGAAGCACUUGUUUAAAGAAUUUACGAAGAUUGUGUCUUCAUCUGAUCCUGAUAUAUUGAUGGGCUGGGAUAUUCAAGGGAGUUCUCUUGGUUUUUUAGCAGAAAGGGCUUCACACCUUGGUUUGGGAUUACUUAAUGAUUUGUCUCGCACACCAUCUAAUUCUUGGGUUAAUUCUCAAGACAUCAAAAUGUCUGAAAGGAGUAUCUUGGAACCGGACAUCCUGGAUCCUCCUAGUCAAGAUUGUUGUGUACAAGAAAGUUCAAUAAUUGAGGAUGAAUGGGGAAGGACACAUGCUAGUGGAGUUCAUGUAGGUGGAAGAAUUGUCCUUAACUUAUGGAGAUUGAUUCGUGGAGAAGUCAAGCUAAAUUUGUAUUCAGUUGAAGCUGUUGCUGAAGCUGUAUUGAGGCGAAAAGUUCCUUCACUCAACCACAAUGUGCUGACAAAAUGGUUUUCAAGUGGUCCAGGACAAGCAAGAUAUCAGUGUAUCAAAUACAUUGUGGAUAAAGCAAAGCUGAACCUUGAGAUAUUAAAUCAACUUGACAUGGUUAAUCGAACAUCAGAACUUGCUCGCGUCUUUGGAAUAGACUUUUUUUCUGUUCUUUCUCGAGGCUCCCAAUACCGUGUUGAAUCCAUGUUUUUGAGGUUGGCCCACACACAAAACUAUGUUGCUAUCUCGCCUGGAAAACAACAGGUUGCUUCUCAACCUGCCAUGGAAUGCCUGCCUCUAGUAAUGGAACCAGAGUCGGGAUUUUAUUCAGAUCCUGUUGUUGUACUUGACUUCCAAUCUUUAUAUCCGUCAAUGAUAAUUGCAUACAACCUUUGCUUUUGUACAUGUCUUGGCAAAGUUGUGGCAUCAAAGACUAACACACUUGGGGUAAGUCCAUUUUCACCAGAGCAACAUGUUCUGCAGGAUUUAAAAGAUCAAAUCUUGCUCACUCCAAAUGGUGUUAUGUUUGUUCCUUCCAAGGUUCAAAGAGGUAUACUUCCCCGUCUAUUGGAAGAAAUUUUAUCAACUAGAAUAAUGGUAAAACAAGCAAUGAAAAAGUUGUCUCCUUCAGAACAAGUCCUUCAACGGAUAUUUAAUGCAAGACAGCUUGCUCUGAAGCUCAUAUCAAAUGUAACAUAUGGUUACACAGCUGCUGGAUUUACCGGUCGCAUGCCUUGUGCAGAACUUGCAGACAGCAUCGUUCAAUGUGGACGCUGUACCCUGGAAAAGGCUAUAUCAUUUGUAAAUCUACAAGAAAAGUGGAAUGCUAAAGUUAUUUAUGGAGAUACUGAUAGUAUGUUUGUCCUGCUUAAAGGACGCACUGUCAAAGAGGCCUUCCAAAUUGGGAGUGAGAUUGCUUCUGCUAUCACUGCUAUGAAUCCUAGUCCUGUCACCUUGAAGAUGGAGAAAGUUUAUCACCGUUGUUUCCUCAUUACUAAAAAGCGAUAUGUUGGCUACAGUUAUGAAAGCCCUGAUCAAAUUGAACCAGUUUUUGAUGCCAAAGGUAUUGAAACAGUACGCAGGGACACAUGUGAAGCAGUUGCUAAGAUAAUGGAGCAAUCUUUGAGACUCUUUUUUGAGCACCAGAGUUUAUUAGAGGUGAAGACUUAUUUGCAACGUCAGUGGAAGAGAAUUCUUUCAGGCAGAGUUUCCCUAAAGGAUUUUAUCUUUGCAAAGGAGGUUCGCUUGGGUACCUACAGUGCAAGGAUCUCAUCACUUCCUCCUGCUGCAAUUGUGGCAACCAAGGCAAUGAGGAUUGAUCGAAGGGCUGAACCACGUUACGCGGAGAGAAUACCUUAUGUUGUAAUCCAUGGAGAGCCUGGAGCCCGUCUGGCUGAUAUGGUUGUGGAUCCUUUGGAAGUUUUGGCAAUUGAUUCCCCAUUAAGAAUAAAUGAUUUAUAUUAUAUUAAUAAACAAAUAAUACCGGCUUUACAGCGAUUAUUUGGGCUUGUUGGUGCCGACCUGAACCUGUGGUUUGCAGAGAUGCCUCGCCCUAUAAGAGAAGCUUCUGUAAAGCAUGCAUUCACUUCAAACAUCCAUCGAACCAGAAUUGAUUCUUACUAUCUCUCAAAACAUUGUGUACUCUGUGGUGGGUUGGUCCAGGCAUCAGCCCGUUUAUGUGAUCAAUGUUCUGCAAAUGAGGUGGCUGCUGCAACGGCGGUGAUCGGUAAAACUUCGAAGUUGGAGCAAGAGAUGCAACAUCUCGUGUCUAUAUGUCACCACUGUGGAGGUGGUGAUAGGCUUCUCGAAAGUGGUGUGAAGUGCACGUCGAUUUCAUGCUUGGUGUUUUAUGAGAGGCGAAAAGUUCAGAAAGAACUACUUGCCGCCACCAAUGUUGCUGCAGAUAAAGGCUUCUAUCCAAGAUGCACGAUUGAAUGGUUUUGAAAGCAUGUGUUUGCACAGCUACAAAUGGUCUUUUACCCCUUAUUUUUCUGUUUGAACAAAAAUACCCCUCAAAGUUUACUGUAUGCAAAAUAUAAAAGUAAACUUGAAGAUUAUCGUAUACAAAAAUGUAUAAGUUAAACUUGAAGUUCAGUUUAUACAAUUUUAAAAACAAUGUGCAAGUAAAUAUGUACCAUAACUUUGAAGUUUGUUGUAAACAUAUGUAAACUUCGUAUCUAUGGUACAUAUUUUUAACAAAGGCUAUUUUUUCAAGAAAAAAUAUAGAUACACUUCUGGUUGGUGGGAUAAAUACACAUAGGUAAAAUUAUUUUAGUUUUCCGUAAAUUUGAAGCCCCUGGUGUUGGGCUAGUGGAAAUUGUUAUGAAUGCACGAGGUUCCACGUCAUUGUCACCAUUAUAAACAAAAAAUUGUAUAGCAGUAAUACAAAUUUAAAUUUUUUAUAUGUAACGUGAUACAUUGGUAAGGCUGAUUCUGAGUUUUUGCUACACUAUCGCAAUUGUAUAUCUAGCUAUAGCUAAGGUGUAACCGAUGUAUUUUUCUAUUUCA